CGUUUUUUUUUUCUUCAUUUCGCAUAAACGUACGCUGUACUCUUUUCAGUCUACCAGUUGAUACCCAUUGAAAACGAAGGGCGGCUUGUCACAACGCAGCCACGGGCACGUUGACCAGGCCAGAGCGGCGGCAGCAGCAGCGGAGGAGGAGAAGAAGAAGAAGAAGAAGCGACGGCAGCCUCUUAAUAGGAUAAUAUACUUAUCUAUCCUUUUCCCCCUUCGCUGGAAUAACUUGGCUCUGUGUGCCGGUGAGGAAUCUGCUUUUCUCACUCAUGAAGCGGUACAGAGGCGUUAACGAUACAUAAAGCGAAUAACGGAAGGAUUAGACGCUACAGUGUAGCGGCGCAAUCAUCCCAUGUGCUGGCAGGGAUUGGCGCUGGAAAGGCCAAGUCAGAUCGCAAGCUGAAAUCGUUCAUGUGUGUGAACUCCAUCACGUUUUAGGGCAAUUUAUUUCUUCGGCUAGAUUAGCUUGGAAACUGCAGCCAAUGCUGGUCCAUUCGCUAUUGUGUGCGUUUGAUAUAACUUAGCUAGGCGGCCAACCAGGACGCGCUGAUGAGCCUGUGUGCGUAGCGGAAUGAUGAUCAGGAUAAACCUCCACCAGACAGGCUCUAAUGGCUCACAUUAAUUGUCAAAAACUCAAUUGAUAAUUGGCUUGUGUGACUAUUAAAUACAGCAUUAUAGCCGGUGUUUCUGGUCAGACCAGGUAGGCCCUGCUAUUAUUCAUAAAACUGUCCUGGUCGCCAAUAAUGGGCCCAUGUCUUAAAUUGGAAAACAAAGAAUUAAGCUACUGAAGAGGGUAAGCUGUUUAGAUAAGCUUGUUUUAGCGUUUUUAGGUGAGCUAGCAAGCUGGUUCACGGAUUAGACACACAGUCUGGACAGUAUUGCUCCCUGCACUCCCUCUGUCCUUCAAUUUUCCCCUCCCGGUUUCCACGUUUUUGUUCUUCCUGCGCCGCACCACAAUGAGCGGUCAUACCGGGGACGCCGGACCCGUGGAAGUGGAGCCCAUGCCGGGAUACUUGGACCUCAUCACCAGAGCCUCCACCGUAAUGCUGGGCGCAUGGAGAGACUGUAGUCCUUGCGGUUUGGAGCUCUCUAAACGGACUCUCCUGGAUAAUGCAAACAUAACCUUGACCGAGAUCACCCUGUUCUUCUUUUGCGCCUUUUUGUGGACGCAGGUCAGGCGGGGACUGACAGAAAGUCUGUUUCAGCCUCUAGCACAGUGGUGCAGGCUGCUGCCCAAAGAUGCUGCCAAGAUGCCAGAGAGCGCGUGGAAGCUGGUCUUCUACACCAUGUCCUGGUCAUACAGCACCUACCUGCUCUUCUUCACCUCCUACUCCUUUUUCCAUGACCCGCCCUCUGUCUUCUACAACUGGAAGAGUGGUAUGUCGGUACCUACAGACAUCGCCAUAGCCUACCUGAUCCAGGGCAGCUUCUACGGCCACUCCAUCUAUGCUACGGUCUACAUGGACGCGUGGAGGAAGGACUCAGCUGUCAUGGUGGUGCACCACAUCAUCACGCUGGCACUCAUUAGUUUUUCCUAUGCCUUUAGAUACCACAACGUAGGGAUUCUGGUGUUGUUCCUCCACGACAUCAAUGACAUCCAGCUGGAGUUCACCAAGCUCAACAUCUACCUGAAGACCAGAGGAGAAGGCUAUCACCUGCUGAACGAUGUGCUGUCCAACAUGGGCUCUGUCAGCUUUAGCAUCACCUGGUUCUGGUUCCGUCUCUACUGGUUCCCUCUCAAAGUGCUGUACGCCACAUGUGUGUCCAGCCUCCAGUCUGUCCCCAACAUCCCCUUCUACUUCUUCUUCAACACUCUUCUCCUGGCGCUGCUGCUCAUGAACAUCUACUGGUUCUUGUUCAUUGUUGUUUUCGUAGUGAAGGUGCUAAAAGUGAAGGAGGUGAACGACGUCAGGGAGUACGAGGACGAGGAAGGCAACAACGCGGCAGCUGGCCUGCUCAAGGAACCUCAGGCAGAAAACCAUGAUGAUGAUGAUGCUGGACAUCAUAACUCUGCCCAGGGAAAGCACGUGCAGAAUGGGAUCAACAAAAAGAAGCAUCUAUAACAGGCUCUCCGUCGCCACCACCUGGCACUAGGCUACAACUACAAACAAGACAAGACUCCCUCCUUGGACGGCUCACGCUCAAAAAACAUGGCUGAAGGGAAGAGGGUCACAAAAAGAAAAAAGGAAGGAAAAUAGCAAGUUUUUACUCUUUAUUUUUUUUUUUGUUUUGUUUUACAACAUUUAAUUUCAUCACUGUCGUUUUGUUUUUAUUAGAGCACUGUGAAUGUUAUUUCGGGUGACUUUUUGUCUUAUUGUUGCUAACUUUACAUUUGAUAGAUUCAGUAGAAAGGAAAAAAAAACUGUUUGAGUAAGAUUUGGGCUGGGAUUGUUACAUACAGUCUGACAGGGUGUCAUAAUCAUCACCGUCACCCUGAACAGCACCACAGCACCCAGAUUGCAGUCUGUAGACAUUUAGACUGACAUAAACUAUUAGCAACCUGGUAAACAAGCAGCUCAUUUUAAUUGUAUAGGGGUGAGCUGUGAUUGCCGUCAGUGAAAUAAUGAAUUAAUUUCCUCCUUUAACCUCCGUCCAACUUCUCUGAUGUCAGACAUGAAGAGAAAAGGCUAAAAAAAAAGAAAGAAAUCAUGAUUCAAAUGGAAACAUUGCAUUGUUCUCAGUAUCACUUUUUCACGGGUGCAGUGAUGAAGGAGAGCCGUUUCACCACAUUAGUAUUGAUUUUCAUAUCCCUGCACAAGUCCGUGGUGGCGACCGCACAGCUUCUGGCGUCCAUUAGUUUCAAUUGAAAAGCCACAUUGGUGUGUGUGUGUGUGUGUGUGUGUGUGUGUGUGUGUGUGUAGGUAUGUGCGUGUGUUAGACAUUCCAGGAUGGAUGUAGCCGAAUCUUUUAAACUCAAAAUCCUUCACAACAUUUCACCUCUCAGUUUAAUUUCUUUUUACAUUUUAUCUCUUGCACUGAUGAUCAACAGGCAUUGGAAAUAUUUAAUUGUAUGGAAAAAGCUUCUUUUUUGUUUUUGUACGUCUUGCAAAGCAUCUGUUGCUGCACUGACAUGAGGGCAUACAAGCUUGUUGCUGGUUUAAUGACAGCAAAUAGCUAGAAUUGAUUGACUGGGUUUCAGUAUCAUCGUCAUCAUUUAAUUUGUUUAAACAAUAUGUUUGAUUAACAUUUAUAACCAGUUUCGUGGGUGGUGAUGGCGGCUAUCGGGUUCACAGAAAAUUUUAACAAUAUCCCAGAACUUGUAUAAAGAUCAGUAUGAUUAAAAAAAAACAUUAUGUAUGCACACAUUAUGGUAUUCAGGAAUGCAUGACAUUGAAUGAUUUUGGAAAUAUGCUAUGGAAUUGUCUUACAAACAAUGAAGAAAAAAAUCCUCUGGCUAUGUAAUCAUAAUGUCUUUAUUAACGUCUAAAAUAACCAUCCUAAAAGUGAUCUUUCUUUCAAGCAGCAGUGACCACUGAACACGCAUCACGUUGGCUGGCAAACCAGAGUGUGAUAAACCUUCACGUGGCAUUGAAAUUUAUUUCAUACACACAUUAAGAGAUCAAAUUAAAGUCUAUUAUGUCCCAGAAAUCCCACAUAUGGAAAGAUCUUUGAUGUCACCUGUAAUUCAAACACGUUAAAUUAAACUACAGUGGAAAGGUUUCCCUGGAUCCCACUGGUUUACUUUUAGUGGAAACAGCUGCUGCACCUGUAGUAAAUAAGGUAUAUUUCUAAUCUUCCUACCUUCUCGAUCAAAUUCAAGCUCUUGUUUCGAUGAACAGCAUGCUUGUGCUGCCGGAGCAGGCCGCAGAUGUCGUUCUGUUUUAGUUUAUCUGUUUGUCUUCCACAAUCCCCACAUCAGCACAUGUGGGGGGGGUUCAAACUAAUUUUAAUUUUAUAUUAAACUAUCACUAUUAUUGCUGUAGUUAAGGUUAUCAUUGUUGAUUUGUUUUUGAAUUGCUGUUUUUUUUUUUUGCUUCCUCUGAGAGCACUGUUGGAAUCCCAGUUUGGUUGUCUUCUUCUGCUGUAUAUGAGUCGGUGAUCGUCUGCUCAGAUCAGAUAUUUUCUGGGAGAGUUGUUUUGUUCAUCUACAUUACAAACAAAUGGAUUAAUAUCAGCUCUCUUCCUUUAUUCAUUAAUUUUACUGUAUUCUGAUCGUUAUACAUCUGUACUGUAAAAGUAACAGUUCCAUCAAAAAUGUUGCUGUGUGUUAAGAUAUCAGACGUCCUGUAGCACGGUGUUCUGGCAGGAAGUGACCUCUGCGGUCUUGACUAUUCAACUGUGAGACUAGAUGAUCCAUAGUUUGCUGAUAAUUGUGUAAUAUGAUGGCAAAUGUGAAGUUUGCAGUGAACCCACAAAGACCUGUGAUCUGGAUUAGGUGUGACUCAGCCCUCAAGUCUGG